AUUAAUGAGAAAGGAGAGAGAGAGAGAGAGAGAGAGAGAGAGGGAGAGAGAGAGAGAGAGAGAGAGAGAGAGAGAGAGAGAGAGAGAGAGAGAGAGAGAGAGGAGGGAGGAAAGGGGAAGGGAGGGAGAGAGAGAUCUGCUCACCCACUUGAAAACGGAAAUCUUCAAUGUAUUCAGAACAGCUUGCAUAUUUCACUCUGACAACUCACUACCAUAUUUUCCAACAUGGUAGUGGUUUGAAAACGGAGCUGGAUCAAUGCACAGAUCAGUAGCAUCCUCAUUGGAGUGGCUGUCACAUGAAUUCUUUGGAGACUUCUGGAGAAAAGAGAAAGAAACUGAAACGGCAUGAAUGAAAUAAUCAGCCCUGUUAUCACAGUAUCUGCAGGGGACCCGAAUAAGAACUUCUAUCAGCGCUGGAUAAAACAAUUUUAAUAUUCAAGAAGAGAAAGGCCACACACCUUUUUCCCACUGUCUGUUCUAUGGCAAUAUUAUUAAGGUUUGCCUUUUAUUCUCUCUCUCUUCUUUAAUGCAGAUCUGAAAAAGUCUUGGGAAAAAAAAGAACCAUCAAAAUAAGUCAUCUUCAAACAGUGGCUGAGCCAGCCUGCACUGAAGCAAACCUUUCUUCUCUGUGUGCCAGAUGUCUCUCCCCAAAAGAACAUGAAACGUCCUUCCAAACACCUGUAAAGUGAUAACCAUCAUAUGGGAAUUUGAGAAGUUGAUGUAUGACAUAGUUAUGAAUCAAAUGAGAAAUAUCCUCUUUCCAUGAUGUCCUGGCCUGGAAGACCUUACCACAAAAUAAACAAGAGAAGAACAUUUUAACAACUUUUCAUGUGUGCUUGCACAAUGGAUUUCUGUGGUUAUGUAUACAAAGCUGAGGCAUAAAUACAGCCAGGUUUUUUUAGACUUCCCAAAUCAUGUGUAGAGGCUAACAAUUGUGGCAAAAGUUUGUUUUAUACUCUGUCUCUCUGAGCCACUGACUUGUGGACAGUACAGAAGUUACUUGUGGAUUUAAAUUUGAAUGACCAGUAGGCAAAGAAAAUUUCUCUUGGAAAUAAUCAUGACUGAUAAUUUUACAUGUAACAAGACAGAUGGAGACAAUACAGAUUUCCGGUACUUCAUUUAUGCAGUGACAUACACUGUUAUUCUUGUGCCAGGUCUUAUAGGGAACAUAUUAGCCUUAUGGGUAUUUUACGGCUAUAUGAAAGAAACCAAAAGGGCUGUGGUAUUUAUGAUAAACCUAGCCAUUGCUGACUUAUUACAGAUUCUCUCUCUGCCACUGAGGAUCUUUUACUACUUGAACCAUGACUGGCCAUUUGGUCCUGGUCUCUGCAUGUUUUGUUUCUACCUGAAAUAUGUAAACAUGUAUGCCAGCAUCUACUUCUUGGUCUGCAUCAGUGUGCGAAGAUUUUGGUUUCUCAUGUACCCCUUUCGUUUCAAUGACUGCAAACAGAAAUAUGACUUGUAUAUCAGCAUUAUUGGCUGGCUGAUCAUCUGCCUUGCCUGCCUGCUCUUUCCUCUCCUCAGAACCAAUGAUGAUACUCCAGGUAACAGAACCAAAUGCUUUGUGGAUCUUCCUAUCAGGAAUGUUAAUCUGGCCCAAUCUGUUGCCAUGAUAACUAUCGGAGAGGUGGUUGGGUUUGUUACUCCUCUUAUGAUUGUUUUAUACUGUACCUGGAAGACAGCUUUGUCAUUACAAAAUAAAUAUCCCAUUUCUCAACAUCUUGGAGAGAAAAAGAAAGCCCUGAAGAUGAUUCUGACCUGUGCAGGGGUGUUUCUAGUUUGCUUUGUACCUUAUCACUUCAGCUUUCCUUUAGAUUUCCUGGUUAAGUCCAAUGAAAUUAAGAGUUGCUUUGCCAGAAGAGUGAUUCUAAUAUUUCAUUCUGUGGCCCUGUGUCUGGCAAGCCUGAACUCCUGUCUUGACCCAGUUAUAUAUUAUUUUACCACUAAUGAGUUCAGAAGACGCCUUUCAAGACAAGAUUUGCCUGAUAACAUCCAACUCCAUACAAAAUCAUACAAAAUUGCAAGUAACCAUGCCACUUCUACCGUGGCAGCUGAACUAUGUUAAAUAAAACCCAGAACUGAACAUGGCCUGGAAUGCAAAUACCAGAACACAUUUGCAGUACCUCAUCAAGACAGUAUUCACAGGAAGUAUUCAUAACCUUUCAGUGUGGUCUAUAUUACUUACAUGGGGAAUGCACAUAUUUAUGACAAUACCUGUUUAGAAUAUUGCAUUUCAAUAUCAUUGCUGGUGACAUGUCCAUGCGGUAAUGUUGGACCAACUCUUUAAGACGUAAAUGGUGAAAUUUUGAUAAUACUGCGCACAUAUUCUCUCAGCUAGAGUCAUCAGCUUUAUCUGUGAACCUAAGUCACAAAAUCAAUUACUAACUCAAGCCCAUUUUAAGCACUGAGUUUUCUUACCACAGUUGCUGAAUCUAUGUUCAAAAGGUGUGCAAUUGUCCAUUUGUAGUAGUGAUCACAGUUUGCAUUCCAACAACAUAUUUGGUUGUUUUUAAAGUGGGGUGGGCAAAACUUUAUGUGUACAUAGUGUUACAAAAACAGGGUAAUUGUUAUUUCCCAAGUGUGAUUCCAUUCAAGGAUUUGAAACUCCAAUGCUUUAUUUCUUCAGUUAGUUUUAAUAUGAAACAUCAUCUGUCACAUUACUUGUUGAAUGAAUUUCUGAAACCAGGCUCUGGUACACUUAAACUAAGAACAACAAACAUUCAUGACACAUAGUAAUCCUCUGUAAUUGUAUAAAAUGAUACAUUGAAUAGUCCCAGGGCAGGUAGUUUUCUACAGUUAAGGCAACAUGAGUCAGAUGGCCUUUAUGCUUUAGAGAAAGGAAAGAGGUGACAACCACAAUUCUGGCUCUCUGAAACUAGGUCCAAAGAAUACCUUCAGGUAUAUAUGUAUGAACAUGCCUAGGAGAGGGAUAGCUUUUCAUCAUAAUUUAGAAUUACAUUGAAGCAAUCUGAUAGGUUAUUACUGCAUUUACUGAGCCUAUGGAAGAAACAGUGCACCAAUUAGUCGCUAAGCUUGGGCAGAGUGAAAAUAUGAACCAAAGUGAAGUAUAAGUCUUAAAAAUCACUAUUAUCCUUUAAGUAUUCUCCAAGGUAAGUGGUGCCUAUUAAGACAUCUACACAAGCCAGAGUGUGACAUAAAGACACUGGUCAUGUGGACUUUUAAAUCUGCACUUUUCCAGUUAAGUUAUAUGAUUAUAAAGCCUACAAAGAUUACCUCUCAGAAACUGUUGGAAGCAAUUCUUUCACCUUUUGAGAAAAGUGUGGAUCAUUCCAGCAGCCAUAUACAUCCUUACAAAAGCUAUGUCUACUAUCUGUUUAGUACUAUUGAGCAGGAAAAACUCGGGUAUGUGGUUGUAAGCACUGGAAUAUUCUGAAGCAUGAUAUACAUUGUAAAUAAGAUUACUUUCAGAAAUCGUUGAAUAAGAGAAUGGGGAGAAAACACUCUCCUUUACAUUGAGAAAAUAAAGAAAUCAAGCAAGACAUGCAGUUUUAGGGAUAUAGUUAAUGAUACUAUAUGUUUUAGGAAAAACUCAUUAAAUGGACAUGAAUUUUAGCUUCUAAUACUAGUGGGAAACCUCUAAAGUUUUGUUUGAGUAAGUAACAAAAAUGUAGUGCUUAUGUUUGAACAGUUUAUGAAAAUAAUAAUGUAUUAGAAAAAAUGAGUUUGUGCUGCUAGCAACAGUAUAUUUAUAUAUAUCCUAAUCAUUCCUUGUGAUGUACAUAUGUUUUGAUGUAUUAAAUAAGUGUUAAAUUUUGUUUUCAAAAAAGAAACUAUAAAUGUGUGUGGUCUAUUUGUUUUAAAGUGAUUUCUGUUUGAUUGUAAGUUUGUAUCAUAAUGAGAUUACAAGUAAUCAUUUGUGAAACUAUGAAACAACUGUGGGUGCUUGAAAUAGUGCUCACACUUAAAAUAUCUAUGCCUACUAUUUUUUUGUAGCAUGUGUUACACUUUUUAAAGUCACUUUGGGAGAUCACUGUUGGAACGUUUUUCUAACUUUGAUUUCGUUAUACUCAUACCAUUUUUCAAGGGAGAAGAAAUACUUCUAGGACAUUAUUGACCACUGUAGAGUAGUUGAGAUUACAGCUCAUUUGUUAGAUAUUACUUCUCCAUCAUUUAGUGAUAAGUCAAAUGUCUAAUGAUUUUAUGCUAUUUAUCUACCCAGAUCUGUCUAUCUGGGUUUAUAUUCAGCAUCUGAAUACUGAAUCAGAGCAAUUUUUCUGAUUCUUCAACUUCCUCAUCAGUACAUUUCAAUUUUGCUCCAUCCCCUUCUCCUUCUGAUCAACUUAUUCAUAAUAAGGUGCUAAUUAUAAUGUUAACUUCAUAUUAAUUUACCAAGAAAUAUCUGAAGUUCAUACCUUACAAAUAGGCAUUAACACGAAGUACAGAAAUCCAAAUGGAGCAAUUUCAGACACAGGGAGAUGUGGUAGAGGGGAAGACACUAUAAAGAAAUUGAGUCUUAAAGCAAUCCUUUCAAAUAAUGCAUUACAAAUGGCCAUCUACUCUGGUUGCCAUUGUGAGGAUGCUAAAUUCCAAGAAAUAGCUCUAUAAACAUGGGUGUACAUUUUCCAGAUUGUUGCUUGAGAUUUUUCUUCUACCCUAUCUCUCUUCUAACACUGGACCUAGUUUUCAGAAAAAAAAACAAAAAACAAAAAACUAAUGCUGGAGAAAAUAGUGCUUCGGCCACCAAGCAGGCGCCUCUUUACUGAGGUUCCACUCUUCUUGGAAAGUCUUUUCCUCAGAUCUCUUAUUUAUCAUUUUGAGUUCUAUAAGAUUGAAUACAAAGACAAUCUGAAUGAUGGCAAUAUAUAAGUAAAGGUAAAUCAUCUCAUAUUUCUUUUAUAAACUUGUUAAAAUUUUAGUCUUAAAAUUAAGCAAAUUAUUUAAUAAGAAAAUUUGAAUAUAUAUCAUUUAAUGCUAAUAAAUUGUCUUUAUUGUUGCUCUUAUUAUUUUAAUGGCAUGGUUUAUAUGUUAUAUGUUAUCAUUGACAUGUAAUAAAACAGCAAAUCCUAUUAAUCAGUAGUUUAUGAAGAGGAGCCAUUUGCCCUACAAAUAACAAACCGAGUUGCCAUGCUCUAUAGGGAUUCAUCAGAGGAACUCUGCACAGUUUAAUUUUUAUGCAAUCUUUUGGGUUAACUUCCAAGAUACUGUGAAAUGUUGUUACUGAAGUUUAUUUGCAGCUCUUAUUUAUCAUAUGAAUUUUAAUAAUAAAGUUUAUCUCUGUAUGUAA